GAAACGCUCGAAAUUGACGCACACAUCGCACAUUGUAGUAUCUCGUUCAUGAUCUCUGCCGGAUUCAAGGGAUUGAACUUGAGAGUGAUUCUUCGUCGCAACGACAGCACCUUCUCCACGGCUUGCCGGAUGAAAUCCAGAGGAACUCCAACGGACAUCUUGGCCAAGCAGGAGACCUCGAUGUCACGAUCGACGCCGUGGAUGCCGAGACUAUUUCGAGAUUUGCUCGUUUUGGUGUUGUUAAUAAUGACGGCGUCGUGUUUCGACGCGACAGACGACGUCACGACAACUGCAGAAAUGUUGCGGACAACAAGUACGUCGUUCGGUCCAACGACGAUCGCUGUUGAGACAAACGUAUCGUCGUCGACUUUACCGGCGAGGAACGAGAGCAUUCCGGAAGUUGUGUCCUCAUCGCCAUCGCCGUCGACCUCACCGGCGAAGAACGAGAGCAUUCCGGAAGUUGUGUCCUCAUCGCCGUUGCCGUCGACUUUCUUUGACGCUGCUUGGGAGUGUCCGAACAUCACUAAACCGGGCGUGGAGUGUUCAUGUGAUUUUCCACAUACGCUCAGGUGUGCCGGCGAUAGAACGGCGUUGCAGUCGAUCAGCAAGCACUUGAAGCACAGCCGACCGGACACGAUAUCGCUGCUGGACGUAACUGUGACGGGGAUAUCUCUGUUGCCGGCGCGGUUUCUCGAGAACGUCGCACUUCACGGUUUGGUUGUUUCAACCGGCGAACUGAAAUACGUUCACGCGGACGCGUUCACCGCACUGGCGCGUCCGUUACAGGCGCUCGGAUUGCCGAACAAUCUCCUGGACUCGGUUCCCACCAGUGCGUUGUCGCAUCUGGUCGGUCUGGAUCGAUUGGACCUGUCCCACAACAAAUUGAAGACAUUAGAAGCGGACUCGUUCAAGGGACUGUCAAACCUGACCCAUUUGGACUUGUGUAAUAAUUUGCUGUCACAAUUGUCGCCGCAAGCCUUUCUGGCUUUACCGGGAUUGCGCUCGCUGAGAAUGCGCGGCAAUCGCUUGAGCGUGUCCGCUCUGUCCGCUUUGAGAGGUUUGAAACGAUUGGAGGAGCUCGAUUUGUCGAAUAAUCUGCUACUAGGCUCGAUGAGUCCCAAUCUGUUGCCGCAAAUGCCUCGGCUCCACUUCCUCACCGUGUCGGAGAACAGUUUUGUUAACGUCAAGCAGGAAGCCCUCAUGGGUCUCAAAAAUCUUACUUAUCUAAGUCUAAGUCAUAAUCAGAUCGACGUGGUGGAGGAUCACUCAUUCAAACAUCUAUCGAAUCUGACGCAAUUGGACUUAGCGAACAAUCGUAUCGUUGCCGUGUCCAGCGCCUCCCUGGCGCAUCUUGACAAGUUGACGACCUUAGAUCUAACGCACAACUUCUUGCGGACGUUGUCAGCUGACUUGGUGGUUCCGCUCAAGAGUUUGCAGGAUUUACGUUUGGACGACAACGACAUCACAAUCGUGGCGAGCGACGUGCCGAUGUCGAAGCUGCAUCUCAAGCGACUCUCCCUCGCCGAUAAUCCGUUAAAUUGCGAUUGCACUCUGCUCGAGUUCGCCAACUGGCUGGCGAACUCCAGUCUAAUGGAGGAGGAUAAAUCGUCGGCGGUCUGCGCGACGCCUCCCGCUCUGGAAAAUGGCAUUCUGACGCAGGUCCCGUCGGGUAGUUUGCUCUGCGGCGAGCCAACACCGUCCCUGGUGUCCCAACCAUCUCUGGCAGGCGCGCAACUGAGUCUCAAAGAAUUCCACUACGAUCAGUCGACCGGCGUCAACCUGCUGUGGCACGUAGAACAAUGCACCGAACGUUACACCUGCGAUUCGCUCAUCGUCUACGAGACGAUCGGCGACAGCGAGGUUCAGACGGAGUCUAGUCCACUGCACUGCGACUCGCAAAUGAUGCGAGAUCCCUGCACUUUGCCGGUCGCCGUAUCCACCGCCUCUCUGCACCUGGAAUUGGGUCACAAGUAUCGUUACUGCGUAGUUCUGCUGAUACCCACCGUUUACGACGACGUGUCUCUCGGUCUUGGCUGCAGCGAUGUCAUUGCUUUGAAGGAGACUCAACGACAAGAUCCGUCGUAUGUACCGGAUGCGGAUUCUCAGCUUCCGCACGAGACGUCCGCACAGGCGCCUAUCGACGCCUACUCGCAGAUUACCGGCGUCCACGUGAACGUUUCCGACAAUGGUUAUCUGCACGUUAACGUCAUUCUGUCGGGAAUGAAAGAAACGACCGUCGUGUCGUCGCCAACCGUGUGUCAUCUGUCCGUCGUCGUGUUCGACGCGAUUUCUACGAUACAUCGACAGAGACUCAACUGUAACAGCUCCACGUUCGUCACCGACGUGGAAGUGUCACUGCCGGGUUAUUAUAAAGUUUGUGCCAGUUUGAACGAACUCGACGACGGUGAACUCGUCGCGUCCAGCGAGCUGGCGAACGAUCACGAGCGAUCACGUUGCGUGGAAGUGGUCAAACAGGACAGAUCCGGUGAACGGAACGCUGAGGUGUACAUUGUGAGCGCCGUAAUCGCCACAACGGGCGUUCUCGUUCUUCUCAUCGUGCUCUGUAGAAAUCUCGUCAAACGAUUGCGCCAUCCCAGAAUACAAGCGCAAUGUUUUCUGCCGACACAAGAGUUCGAGAUCACUCACAAGGCCCAUUACAUCAAACUUUUGGCCACUACGAAGGUUUAACGACGUUGUCGUCCAAGUUGUUGGAAAUUUGACAUGAGAUGUAUACACAUGGGAUGUAUAUCCCGCGACUACAUUUCCUUUUAAGCAGAUUUUUUUUCGUCCCAGAAUAAAGUUCUGGAAAUCUGCUGUGUUGAAAGGCAGCAAGGUAGUUGCGGAACGUCCUGUAACACGUGUGUGUACAUAUCUCCAACACAUUGGCCGGAAGAAAAUGGUGUGGGAGAGGAAUUCUUUUCGAUGAGAAAGAAUGGGUGUCGACUUUGUACAUAGAUAUAAUAUUCUUUUUCUCAAUAUGUGGUCGGGUUUCUAACAUUUCAAGCGAGCGUUCCGGUACUAGUACCAUCGCCUAAUAUUUGGACGGAGUCAGACAGUUUUUUUUUUUUGUUUUUUUACAAUACUAAUGGCCAGUUUCAUCAUCUCCGAUUAGGUUAAUCGAUUGAUCAAUCGUGACUGGGAAUCGAACGGAAUGACCGAUCAAUUUAAUCGAAGAUAAUGAGCCUAAAUGUUAUCGAAAAUUGAAAACAAGAAAUGCUAUUAUUGUGUUGUGUAUUUUUCUUUAAAAAGAAGACGAGCAUUUUAAUAAAAACGUACGAUACUAUAACAAAUACAAUGAUAAAAAUCUACUUAACAUCAAGUAGCGAGAAACAUUCCGGGGGAACAUUUAUACAAACAGAUGUACAACAAGUGCGUUGUGUGUGUACGUUAAAUUAAAUUCUUUGUAAUACAGAGAACACCUCUUCGUUUGUGUGUGCGCGCGCGCGUGUGUGUGUGUAUGUGUGUAUUUGUGUACAUAUAGCGAUUUACACGUCGAUAAAAAAUUAUAUUUAUCAAAAUUUCAUUUUCGCAAAACAAAAAAGGCACUUGGAUCGAAGAAUGAUAUACGCACAAAUCGCCGGAGAUAAUAUCGCAUAUAUAAAACAAUUAAAACAAUAAUUUUUUUAUUUUAUAACGCGCUAUUGGUUUUUUUUUUUUUUUACAUCAAGAAACUUUGCUUCCUCAAGCACAAUAAAGAAUCUGUUCUCGUGUUCGUGGUUCUGUGGUUCUGCCGCUAAAACUGCGUAUAUAAUCUUAAUACAAUAAAUAUAUAUUUUUUUUC